UAAUGUGAAAUGAAACUUUGGGAAAGCAGCAGAAGUGGGGAAGUGAACCUAUGCAUCCUGUUUUUAGCAGGACUUAAAAAGGAGUGAGAUUCGAGUCACAGACUUCUAAAGAGAGAAGCGCAUUUGAGGACGACAGCACUUAACAGCCAGAAGGUUCUUUGUCAUCAUAUAUCUGUGUCAAGAGUCCUACACUUGAGGUUGGAAAUGCUCACACAUCGAAAAGUAUGCACUCUGUGGCUUCUGCUACUUCUCCACGUUGCUGGAAGUGCGUUCAGAUUGAACUUGUUGGACAGAAACCCUGAGCCGCAGGAAGGUGACGUGAGGCUGUUUGGCUCCAAGAAUGUUUCAGAGGGCCGUGUGGAAGUCUACCAUGAAGGGAAAUGGGGAACGGUGUGUGACGACGGGUGGGACAUGGCUGAGGCCCAGGUGGUGUGUCGUCAGCUCCACUUCCCCGGAGCCAAAUCUGUCGUCAUUGGGAAAGACUACGGCAAAGCAACUGGACCUAUUUGGCUGGAUGAUAUUACCUGUAAAGGCACAGAGAAGCAUCUGUCUUCUUGUGGUUUCAAAGGCUGGGGAGUGACUGACUGCUCCCACAAAGAGGAUGUUGGAGUUAUUUGUGAAACAGCCGGCACAAACUUCACCAUCGGUGAUUCUACACGCUUGCUGGACCAUAGCCUCGGUCUGUCUGAUGCGCUCGGCCAAAUCUUUGACACUGGGAAUGGCUGUGACUUCCUGAUCUUAGUCCAAUUUGCAACUGGAAACAGACAGGAGGACGGGACCCCAGAGAUGGUUAGGAUAACGAUAUGUGCGCACAAAAUAAUCCUCUCACAGUUCCCACUGUUCAAUGCUUCAGAGGGAAUUAAUAACAUCACGGUCAGCCUCAGCCAGUCCUGCCAACCGCAUUUCACCUCCUUCAUCAGGUACAUUUAUACCCGCAAGAUAGACGUGACCUACUCCUCCGUGCAGUGCCUCCACUGGAUGGCCUCUAAGUUUGGGGUGAAGCAGCUGAUGGAGGACGCAGGCCGGAUGUUCUCUAAAAUCCUCCCAGACGACACUUUGUUUCACACCCCCCUAUCCCUUUACGAAUAUGCAGAGGAAACUGGGGACUUGGUCCUCCGGGAGAACUGUAUUCAGUAUCUGGCCUGGAACUACCAAAAUCUGACCAGCUCUCCUGCUUGGACUAGCCUCUCCAGUGAGCUCCUCGGAGCCCUUCUAACCCGCUCCGACCUGGUAGUGCCAGAUGAAUAUUUUCUGCUUCAGACUGUGGAGAGGUGGAUCACGGAGAAGGGCAUCUCUCUCACCAGUUUGAAAACCCAGGUUGACCUGUUGAGUCGUAUCCGUUUCCCUAUGAUCCCUGCUGAGAAACUGUAUGAGCUGGAGUACGAGUCUCCUCUCUACAGCACUCAUAAGGAUAUGUAUCGUGAUAACAUGUUGAAAGCACUCCAGUUUAAUGUUGUUCUCUUCAGCAAUCUGUCCAACCCACAGUUCAGCAGCGAAGAUGAUAAUUUCCAGCCCAGGAUCUACACCGCUGAGCCAUGGAGCACUGCUAUUGAGUUGAAGGAUGCUCCAGUCCAAACCCACUAUUACAAUCACUACAACGGCCACAUGUAUUAUGACUAUAAUGCUCCAACCAAGUCAUUCAGCACACCUGUCCACAACAGCCUGAUUUUCAAGGACAACAAGAUUAGUUGGGAGGCAAAUGUCUUCAAGAACCAACAGCAAUGUUCAAACCGAGGUCUGAGGUGCGAGUCCUUCCCUAUGGCAAGGCUGUAUCCCCAAAACCGCCUCACCCAGCAGAGCCGCAUCCUCUUUCGCAACCGGCUCCUGCUCUUGUGCCAAGGCAAGUACAUCAGUCAGGUUCAGGAUUUCAAGGUCAAUAUGGCCCAAAUCCCUAUGAAUGAGACCCACGUUGCUGCCUAUCCCUGUCCUGAUGACAAGUACAUCUACCUCUUUGUAGUGAGACCAGAAUAUGUCUGAUUCAGCACCAGGACCGGGCUGAAUCUGAAUUCUCACAUCUGAUCAAUGUGCCUAUUAUUCAAUACACUGCAAUGAAUAUUAUCUGAGUGAUUUUUAUUUUUCAUUGAUCUUGUUGAUUAGCUACCGGUCAAUCACCUGGUUGUGCUUUAAUUGAUGUCAAGUAUCUUUUCCUGAUUGUUUAUGCGUUUGGAAAAAUGAAUAAAGUGAUUUCUAGAACAUUUUC